AUGGAGGAACAUACCUUGAACAUAGAAAGCCAUUUGAUGUGCUCUAUCUGCUCCAGCGAAUUUCUACAGACAACAAACAUCGCAGAGUGUGGUCAUCGCUUUUGCUUUAAAUGCAUACAAGAGUCAUUGAAGGAAAGCUCUACUUGUCCCAAGUGUCUUCAACCUGUUGAAAUCAAGAACCUAACCGCUGAUUCGAAACUUGAUAAAGUGGUUGCUUACAUGGACUUGCUCAAAAAUGAGCUACUGACUCACCCUCUCACACCAACAAGUCUUUCUCUACAACAGCAGCAACAUCAAAUGAGUCGACAUUUACAAGUUACAUCUAAUUCAGACGAAACUGCGGAAGAGUACCAACUAGAGGAGACUUCGUCUGAUCUCAUUCCAUCUGCUGAAGAACUUGAGAAAUCAUUCAAUCGAAAGAGGAAGCUUUCUGGUAUGAACACUGAGAACACAGAUACACAGACUACGGCAAACGACGAAGAUGAUCUAGAACGAGAAUUUAACGACAGUUUAUCCGCGUCAGCUAUUCACGAAGCAAAGAGGCUCAAACCGUCAGAGAGUGACUCAAACAGCCAACGUUCGCUUCUGCUCAAGAGCACUACCACUGAAGAUACAAACAUGGCAGAACGAAAGCCCAAAAUCACAGACGACGAAGAAAAGAAGCGUUUGCUCAACCCUGAAAACAUGCUUGGCGACAUUUGGUCCUUUCCCCAAGAUGACGAUCAUACAGCACAAUCUCAAUCACAGCGAAACGAAAGCAGUGCAAUGGCAUCUGCAUCAGGAAACUCUGAGAGCGAAGCUACUCAGACAGAGCAGCAAUCCGCUACAGAUGAAUCCGCUUUAGCAGAUGAACCCAUGUCUCAAUCAAAGCAAUCAGCCGAGAGCAAAGAAGUCAGCAAGGACUUCAUCCCAGACACAGUAUAUUCUGAUAGUGAAGACAGUGCCGAUACCAAAGACAUGUGGAAAUGCAGCGAGUGUCAAUUCACAAAUCAACUUUAUAUACAGGCGUGUGUAAUGUGCCACGCUUUUCGAAAUCGCAAUACCAAUGGUGUGCUUCUAUCAGCAGAAGCAUCCCAAGAAUCAGCUUCUAUCGAUAAAGCAGCCUCUCCAGCACUACCAAAAGAGCCAUACAAGAUGACUGUAGCGAGUGAUGAGGAAAACGGACCAAUCGACAGUACUUUUACCGUGCCGAAAACCAGAAGACGCGACAGUAGCACCAGCCGCAAAGAAGUGCACAUCAUAUAUACUGGGCUUACACCAGAAGACGAGAAAAGACUAGACAAAAUCAAGGAAGAAGCAGACCUGACGCUCAAAAUUGUCAUUCACUAUCAAAUGAGAGAUUUCGAUGAUGUGACACAUGUCAUUACAAGCGUGGAUAAGAAACAUUUGUGCAAGAGAACGCUCAAAUAUCUGCAAGGCGUAUUGAAGGGCAAAUGGAUAGUUGAUCCUCAAUGGGUAAUUGAUAGUACCAAAUCAAAGAAAUGGCAAGCAGAAGACAAGUAUGAAGUGCAAGGAGACCACUUGACGGGAAAAACGUAUGCGCCCAAGCUGGCCAGAGAACCACAGCAAGAACCGCUGUUUCAAGAUAUGAAAUUCUACUUGUUUGGCGAUUUCAGUGGAAAGCACAAUAAGAAUGAUCUAUUGAUACUGUGCAAAGCUGGAGGAGCAAAGAUUCUCAGCCGAAAGCCACCAGGCCACGUUGCCAACAAGCAAACGCUGAAUCCCGCACAACCUGUCGUCAUUUACAGCGCAGAUCAUCAAAAGAAAAAGAGGCCAGUCUGGCUGAACCAAUGCCAGGUCCGUGAUCCUCAAUGGAUCAUUGAUUGCAUUAGCAAAUUCAAGGUCGAAUAUUAA